AAUAUUAGUAUAAAUAUGCAUAUAGACGUCCAUAGUUCAUCACACAGUUCUCAUCAAAUACCAAGGAUCAAACAAGAAAAGAGAAUCAUGGCAACUACUCCAGAAUGGAUUAUGAUUGGAGGAGAAGGUCCUGAGAGUUACAACCAACACUCUUCGUAUCAGAGAGCAUUGUUGGAAGCCGCAAAAGAGAAGAUGAACGAGGCUAUCUCAGCGAAACUCAGCCUCGACUUGAUUUCUGGAGGUCGCUUCAGUGUUGCGGAUUUCGGUUGUGCGAGUGGACCCAACACUUUUGUGGCAGUACAAAACAUAAUAGAUGCAGUAGAAGACAAGUACCGCAAGGAAACCGGAGAAAACCCGGGGGAGAAGGUCGAGUUCCAAGUCCUGUUCAACGACUUUACAACCAACGAUUUCAACACUCUCUUCCAAGCACUCCCACCGGGGAGACGCUACUAUAGCGCUGGUGUUCCCGGCUCCUUCUUCGGCCGUGUUCUCCCUAAGCAUAGUUUCCACAUAGGAGUCAUCAAUUACGCUUUCCAUUUCACCUCCAAAAUCCCUAAAGGGAUCACCGACCGAGACUCUCCUCUGUGGAACAGAGACUUGCAUUGCACUGGGUUUAACGCAGUAGUCAAGAAAGCAUAUCUUGAUCAGUACUCGGCCGAUACCAAGACUCUAUUAGACGCUAGAGCUGAAGAGCUCGUCCCCGGGGGAUUGAUGUUGCUUUUCGGAUCGUGUCUAAGAGACGGGGUUAAGAUGUCCGAGACCUCUAAAGGAAUUGUGAUGGAUUUCAUCGGAGCUUCUCUUAAAGAUCUUGCUCAACAGGGCGUUAUCGACCAAGACAAGGUUGACUCUUUUAGCACACCACUCUACGUUGCAGAAGAAGGUGAGUUGAGGCAAAUCAUAAAGGAGAAUGGGAAGUUCACAAUUGAGGCUUUUGAGGAUAUCAUCCAUCCUAACGGGGAGUUUCCGUUAGACCCGAAGAUCUUGGCCGUCUCCUUUAGAGCUUCCUAUGGAGCUUUCCUCUCGGCAUAUUUUGGAGUGGAAACAAUGAUCAAAGCCUUUGAACUUGUCGAGGUCAAGGCACGUGAAGAGAUUUCUCGCAUUCAAAAUGCCAAACCCGGAAUGCAGUACCUCAUCGUGCUUCGCAAGAACUGAUGAUCCGUGUCUAUUAUCCCUUUUAUGAUAUUUCAAAGUUAAUUCUGUCUUGUCAUUGUUGCAUGCUAUUCUCCUUCUUUCAUCUCAGCUUAUGUUUGUGUCUUGUUCCUUAUCCUUGUUCUGUUAGUGCUUAUGUAUUACCCAUAUCAAACUAAUCAAUAAAUGAGCGCUUGCAGUUUGAACAUC